AGAGAGAGAGAGGAGAGAGAGAGGCAACAGCGCAGAUGAACCCCAAUGAGCAACAGCCGGCUCCUCUUUCAAACACAAACCACCACACUCCGUAUCCCUCACACACGACAGCCGCACACUCACGCACACGCACGCACGCAAACAGCCCGAGAACCCGAUCGGCAUCAGCCGGUGGCAGCCCUCUCCGCUUCUCCGCACCGCGAAGCCGUGAGAGGAGUUCCUGCUGCCCUCACAAGCAACAGAAGAGAGCCGCGGAUCUCUGUUUGAGACGGCAGACAAUUAACCAGCGAAGCGGGGGGAGAGGCGAGAGAGAAAGCGGGGGAAGGCGAGUGAAUACGCUCCAGUCCGGCUACUGGCUCCUGCUGCUGCUGGAGGAGGAGGAGGAGGAGGAGGUAGAGGAAGGGGAAAAGGAAGAAGAGGAGGAGGAGGAGGCUGUGGGCUUGGAGAAACUGGAGCAGCUCCGGUAUCCUGCACAGGCAGCCCAAACGGCCACAAGUGAUCAGAGCAUCUUCAGCCUUAUAGAUGAACAAGCAGCACGGUGCAGCUUCCAGUCCUGGGUGGCAGACCCAGUGAUUGAAACUCACAAAGGAGUCAGAGGAUCAAGCAGAAAGAAGGGCCAUGGGGGUUGGCCUGGGUGUGUGUUGGCUGCUGCCUUUCCUCUUCUUGCUGCUUAUGAUCACAGUGUCCUCCACCCAAAGUCAAGGAUGUCCCCAGCGUUGUGACUGCAUUGUGAAGCUGAAGACUGUGUCCUGUUUUGGUAAACGUCUGUCCUCCUUGCCGGAGGGAAUCCCGCCUGACACCAAAGUUUUGGACCUAAGUGGGAAUAAACUUCGCUGGAUAGAACAGGAUGAUCUGCUUCCAUAUACACGCCUGGAGAAGCUGGAACUCAGUGAUAACAUGAUCAGCGUUCUGGAGCCAAAUGCGUUUUCAAGUCUUCAGAACUUGCAGUCACUUUCACUGAGGGGUAACCAGCUAAAACUGGUUCCCAUGGGAGCUUUCUCGCGUCUCUCCAACCUCACCUCCUUAGAUUUGAGUGGAAAUAAGAUUGUAAUUCUUUUGGACUUCACUUUCCAAGACCUAAAAAGUCUUAAGAACCUGGAGGUUGGUGACAAUGAUCUGGUUUACAUUUCUAACAAGGCUUUUAUGGGAUUAGUAGGACUCAAGGAGCUGACAAUUGAGAGAUGCAACUUGACGUCAGUGUCCAGCCAAUCGUUAUCCUAUCUGCACAACCUGGUGACUCUGCGACUCAGGUAUCUUAGCAUCUCCUCCUUAGACGACCAGAACUUUCGAAAACUUGGAAACCUUAGAGGUCUGGAGAUUGAUCAUUGGCCCUUUUUGGAAUAUAUCUCCCCUCAUAGCCUUCAAGGCCUUAAUUUGUCUUGGCUAUCCAUUACUCACACCAACAUCACCUCUGUGCCCACCUCUGCCCUUCGUAGUUUGGCUCACCUCACUAGCCUCAACCUCUCACAUAAUCCAAUCACUGUGUUAGAGUCCUGGGGUCUGCGGGAUCUCAUCAGACUGAAGGAGCUGCAUCUGGUGAACACUAACCUGGCAGUAGUUCAGCCUUAUGCACUAGGUGGUCUGAGGCAAAUCCGCCUUCUUAAUCUUUCAACCAACAGCUUAGUGACCUUGGAAGAGGGAGCUUUUCAGUCUGUCAACACUCUUGAGACGCUGCGCUUGGAUAGAAACCCUCUUGCCUGUGACUGCCGCCUCCUCUGGAUCCUUCAGCGUAGGAAGACCCUUAAUUUUGAUGGUGCCUCCCCUGUGUGUAUGACCCCUGUUGAAGUCCAAGGCCGGGCUCUUAGUGCUUUCACCGACUCAGCUCUUUUUGACCACUUUACUUGCCAGAAACCUAAAAUUCGCAACAGAAAACUGCAGCAAAUGUCAGCCCGCGAAGGGCAAGUAGUGUCGUUUAUCUGCAGAGCAGAAGGCGAGCCGACGCCCGUGAUAUUCUGGAUUUCUCCUCAGCGUCGACGCAUAACCACAAAGAGCAGUGGGCGACUGACUGUGUUACCGGAGGGCACUCUAGAAAUACGCUACGCCCAGGUAACUGAUAGUGGAACCUACAUCUGCAUUGCUAGCAAUGCUGGCGGAAAUGACACCUACUUUGCUACACUCACAGUCAGUGGGCUACCACUGGAUGCAGCACUAAUGGCCAACCGCACCUAUUAUGCCGGGGACCUGAACGACACAAAUCUGAAUGACACCAGGGUGUUCUUGAAGUUCACCCUUGACCUCAAGACCAUUCUAAUAUCUACAGCUAUGGGCUGUAUCAUGUUUCUGGGAGUGGUCUUAUUCUGCUUCAUCCUGCUAUUUGUGUGGAGUCGGGGUAGAGGACAGCACAAGAACAACUUCUCGGUUGAGUAUUCUUUCAGAAAAGUGGAUGGACCAGCAACCAGCGGAGGACAGGGGGGGGCACGAAAGUUCAACAUGAAAAUGAUUUGAUUCUGCAGAACCCCUGGUGUUUUCCACUGCUUCAGUAACAAACUAAGACCCAAAUUAACAGAACAAAUUAAAUUUGUGUGAAACAUUAAAACCAGUAAUCCACAGGACAUUUUAUUAGGACGAGGUUUUGUUCAGAAAGAAACUUGUGUAUGCAUGCAAAAUGUCAAACUACUGUAUGAUGCUUUGAUACAUUUCUACUGCUCUUUGCUUUGUUCAAAUAAUUGUGUAUAUAAGUUUAAUUCCAGAGAAAGAAGUCUUUAAACUUUGAAUAGACUGUUAAAAGACCCCACCGUCCCACACGUCUUUAACCUUUAUGAAGUUCAUGCCAACACACCUCUUUCCUGAAAGAAACCAUCAUCCUCACCUUUGAAGGACCACAUCUCUGCUCCUUUUGAACUGACUCAAGCACUCCAACCUGAUGAAAACAUAAUUAGAUGGUGGUGCUCAGUAAUUGCCAAGGACUUGCCAAUAUAUAUAUAUUUAGAUAAUUCUAGAUAUUUGGUGUAUAAUAGGAGCUCAAUACAGUUAAAACGCCUUCGCUUAUGCUGAUUGUGAUUUUACUAAUGGAUUUCUGAAAAUUGAUUAACUUAGUACCAGUUUCUACAUCACUGCCAAUUUGACCACAAAGCACCAUGCACUACACUGGCCACAUUUUUUGGCACCAAGGUUAACAGAUUAUAAAAUGCCUAAAAAUUAAUUGAUCUUUAGUUGCAGAAGCAUGACCUUACACACAGAGAUCUGAGGAAAAAUCCAAUGUUUUUGCUGAUAAUUAUUUUUUUUUUUUUGCAUUGGGAAGCAAAAUACCUUUAUUCAAAUUAAUAAAAUGUAUACAUUUUUAGGUAAGAAAUUGUGUGUAUCAUCUACAAAUUAUUAAUAUAUAACGUUCUCUUUUCCUAUUGUGUAAAUUUAACAAAGGAGGCCCAUUUUUUACUCACUGAUAUCCUGUACGGACAAGGACUCAUGUUUAUUUAACCAUGAGGAGGAGCCUUAAUUUAAAUUAAUAAUCUCCCUGUUAGAGAUCUGCAGCAAAGAGGGGCAUCUCACCAACUCUCUAUAACAUACCUUAGAUGAUUGUGAGUUAUAUUAGCAAAACUUUUAGCCUGCCAUCACCAAAAAAAAUUAUAGCAUUUGUUGAACUCUACUGGGACUUUAACAGGAUCAAGGGCUUUGUUAAUAUGAGCCUAAGAUCAAACUUUUUCGUCAUAAAAACACUUCAGGCAGGUUACCCGUUAAAUAGGCAAUAAGUGGUGGAAAAGCACCAAAGAGAGCAUGGCUUCAUGAACUCUUUGAAAUACCAUAACAUUUUAAAUAAAAAUCUUUAACAACAUACUGAUCCAAACCAUGUGGCUGAAUCAACCCAGAAAUGCUUUACCAUAAAAUCUACCUUCUUCAGUGAUUUCUCUCUGUGUGCUCUGACCUUGUGAAAUUUUAUACAUGGAUAGGUGCUGCCCUAUACUCGUAAAAUAUGAAUACCUAGUAGUAGUAAAUUAGUAAAAGAAGGAGUACAAUUUUGGUAGCACCAAAGAUUUUGUUAAAAACAAUGAUUUCCUUAUUUAAGAUUUUUCCUUCCCCGCUAAUUUAGUGUUCUCAGAUUAUUAAUUUUUUUUCAAAUUUUUCUGUGUGAGAAUUAACUGCUGGAAGGAAAGAUCAUUUUAAGGUUAUUUAUUCUUUGCCAGGGUUGCCAAGAAACAUGUGAGCUACUGUAAAACCUGUGCAGAAGAGAAAAGCUAUUUCUACCUGUAACAUCUGUUCACAGUGAACAUCAGAGUCAACACACUUUUUUAAGGACCCAAGUGAACACGUGUAAGAAACGAUGACAAAUCACGAAGACACAUUUUCUAGUUACAUUUUUCAUUAUUAUUUUUGGUAAAUCUGUACAAGAGUUUUACCCUCUUGGUCUAAAACAGAAAACUUUGAAAGCGAAUGCAUGUACAGACUUUGGUUCAUACUUUAACAAUUUGUAUUUCUAAAACAAACAGAAAUGUCGGUGUUCUUUGAUCACCAAAAUUGUAUAGACAGAAUAUGAUGUGAUAUAUAUUUUGUAUUGCUGAUAUUGAAAUUAAUGUGACUGUUUAUAGUACUGUUGAGUGAUUAAUCUGACUUCACUGCUCUACUGUUAUUAAACUGCUAAAGUAUCAUUCGGUAAACGGUGAACUUCAGUGCAGCUGUAAAUACAACUCUAACUGUAUCAUGUUCGUCAUGUAAAUGUGGCUGCUCGCUGUCUUCAAUCAUAAAGGACAUUCACUGUGCAGCAGGUUUCAGUUCAGUUGCCUAUUUUUGGAUUUGAGUGUCGAGGUGGGGAGUUUUCACUGAGCAGAGGGUGAAGAACCUCGAUAGAGACAUGCAGGGAAAAUGCUAAUGUAUUAGACACCUUGCACAGCGGUCAUUAGGAGACUGAGGUGAGAAAAAACUUUAGAUAUAUUUAGAAGGCAGCAAGACUGUGGGACAUUAUACACUUGCAUGCUGACUUUUGUGCAUCAGAUGUAUAAGGUAUGGGAGGGAAGAAAAUGCAUAUAGGGAGAGGUAAGUACAUUACAUAAAAAUCUGAGCAAAUAACUCAGAAUUUAAGGGUACAGUAUUGUUCACUCUUCAAAUGUCAAACAGGGCUCUGCUGCCCUCUUUUGACACCAAACAGGUAAUGGCUUUUCCUUCAGCAACCUGAGGACUUUACUCCAUCUUCUCAAGAACAAAAGAAUGGAACUUACAUGAUGACUGACCAGAAUCUAAGGAAAAAUAAUGUUCACUGGCUCAAAAAAGCUUGCCUUUAAAUUAAUUUUGAAGUUUGAAACUGAUAAUAAUUGUAUCCAUGAUAUGAGAAAAGAUUUUAAAUAUAUUAGUGCAGUAUCAGUAGAUUUAUUGCCCUUUUAAUAAAUUCAGCUAAAGCAUCUGGCAGCAAUGCAACAGGCACUGUUGACCUGAAAAAGCACAAUUUUUGAAGCAGUAACUGUUUUCAAGUAUGCCUGGUAUUGUCCUGUCACAUUUUUUUUUCUUUAUCUCUGAAUAUGAGGGGCAUAAGGGUUACUGAGUUUACUGUGACAAUUUUCAUCCAAAGGUCCUAUAUGAAUCUUGUUGGGGUAGAUUGAAUUGUGAAUUUUUACAAAUACCAGAACAUUUUCUAAAAAAUCAGACAGAUUACCAGUCAGCUAAAAAUGUGUCCUUACUUGGCAUUUUUACAGAUUCUGACCCAAGCCAUAAGAGAGGAGCGAGGACUCUGGAGGAAUGAUGAAAGGUCACUUUCUCUGUAUGCUCCAACCUCAAGAAAUGUUAAAAGAAAAAUGGCAUAUUAUGUUAACUAAAACUGCUGUUGUAUGGUUCUCCCUCAAUAAAUAAAUGUGCACAAA